GCAAUCUCGUGGCCAGAAACUGUCAUCGUUAUUUAGAGUAAAACUUUAGAAAGCGUGUUGAAUUUUAUUCCUGCUGAACGGGAAUAUAUCAAACUUUUAUCCCGAUUUGUUUGAAAUUUUACAGUGUGGUAUUUUGAAUCGAUUCCGAAUAAAAAUAGUGUGUUCUCAAUGUUUCGCGUCGCAAAUCUGUCAUCUUUAACUUUGAAUACCACUGGAAAUUUUCAACAUCUCGAUAUUCGUAAUCAACAACCUUAUAUCAAAUUUAAAAAAAAUUUCUGUCUAAAGAAAAAGAGUUUCCAAUGUUUUAAGUGCAAUAUGACGGUUUUGGCCCUUGGAUAAAGUUCUUCAUCUUAUUCUAGCCGACUGUUCAUUUUAACUCGUUCAUCGCCGGUUUAGCCUGCACCUGUCUAGUUCGAAGAUAGCUCGACGUAUCGAACGCCGAGUUUAUCUAAAUGCGAAACCGCGUCGAGUUCGCCGGUGCCCUCGUUAUUAAUUCAUACGCGGCGAGAGGCGAAAUUACGACGAGGUGUCGGCCGUCGACUCCCGCCGUCCCGAAUCGAGAUCGACCACCGGGUCGAUAAUUGGCAGGUCUCUCCCCCCCUCGGUGGCGAAAUCACGUCGUGUAGCGGAGAGGAGGACAAAUCGAGUCAGCAACCCCCGUGGCGAGGAGUUUGCGCGUGCGUCCGUCGUCGUCGCCGUCGCGAAGGGUGAAACUGAUGCGCGACGGACGAGGGAGAAGAACGGAGACGGGGGACAUUGGUUGAAACGGGAGAGCGUUGGUAAGCGUCGAAUGGGAAAGGGCGAGGGAGAGAAAGAGAGAGAGAGAGAGAAACGGAGAGGGACAUUGAACGCCGACACCGUGGCCUCGCAGUCUCGUCUCGUUCGCGCCGCGCACGGAGGCUCGUCGCUACGCUUCCUUUUGUACUUUUGCGAGCUGUAGUCGCCAGCGAUCGCGGUGCUCGCGGUGACCGUCUCUCCUCGCUCGCUCAUCGAGUACCGCGAACUCCCAGCGGUGGAUGAGAGGCUCCUGUUAGGCGACGCUUGGACGCGAGGACCGCGAGGAGACUCCUGCGUCUUGCGAGAGGAGAGCCGUGACCUGCCGAUUGUUCGAAGGUACGAGGACCAAUCGAUAUGCGGCUCAGGGAGUCCGUCUCGGUCCCGGUGCCGCUGCAUCCCGGUGGACUGAACAACAACCAGCUCCGCAGGCACAGCCCGAGCCGGAGCGUCGAGGCCGGCGAGAUCGGCGAUCGCAACGAGAACGCGGCCCAGGAGCCGGCCGCGAGUCCCGCGCCGGGCUAUCCGGGCGACGAGUCGGCGGACUUCCGGCUGGCCGAGGACACCACCACGUGGUCCUCGCUGGCGAUCGCGCGCGACAACCCGUCGACGCAGCAGCGGCCCGUCAACGUCAACAACAAUCUCACCGAGCCGAGGAUACGGAGGAGCAGCUCCGUCGAGAGCCUCUCCAAUUACGAGGGCACGGUCGAAGAGCAAUCCGCCAACGUAAACAACAAUCUAACCGAGCUGAGGAUACAAAGCAGCAGCUCCGUCGAGAGCCUCGCCGAUUACGAAGGGCGUAACUCUCCGCACGAGAACUCGUCGCGCGAGCUGACGCCGUCCGAGUGGUCCGACUGGUCCGAGGAAGGGAACCUGCCGGCGGGCUGCCGCGGCAUCGUCAACCCCAACUACCCCGGCUUCCAGCAUCUGGCGCCUUCCCUGCUGUCGGACACCGACCUAACCGAGGACGAGCACGACAGCUGCUCCGAUUAUCCGCCGCUCCACCACCAUCACGACGAGGUGGCUCCGUUGCCGGAGAACGACAACGAGUACAACAACAACAUCGACGACAGCAUCAACCAUCUCUGCGGCCAGCGCAACGACCGCAAGAUCUUCUACGAGAAGCCCAAGUUCAAUAUACAGACUGUGACCUCUCUGUACGAGGCGGUGGUGCCGCCUUCGGAAAAGUGCAUCAACUACGUGAAGAGCGUGGAGGUCUCGAGGUCCGAGGAAAAGAGGCUCUCGCCGGAGCCGGAGGAGGUCGUCGUGAACGGCAUCGUCGAGGCCGAGACCCAUCUGACGUUCCUGGACGAGCGGGAGGAGGGUCUGGCCGACCAGGUGGACCAGCGCUCCUCCGAAUUGUCGCAGGUGACCUUCGAGGAUAAACGUGAGAGGGAGGUGCCGGUCGAGGUCGAGCUGGUGGAGUUGACCACCAGCGUGAACGAAAGCCUGCAGUUCCCAGAGAUCGAGGAGAUCCUGGACUCUGGAAAGACCAGCGAGAUCGGCGAGGUGAGCUUAAAGACGGAGGACGUCGCGGUGGAGCACAUCGACCUAAUACGCGAGGCAAAGGAGCUGCCUCGCCCAGAUCGGUCCAAAAUAGGCAACCGUCAGCCGGUGACGACGACGACGUCGACCGGCGGUUCGGCCGACGACGACGAGUCGGAGAGCAACAGCGACUACUCCGAGGGUUUCGCCGAGGAGCGGCCGACCUACACGAAACUGGAGGAGAUCGAUCUGCUGUCGAGCAUCGGCCGCGAUAUCGGCGUCGAUCUCGAGAAAUACGCCCAGCCGGUACCGGACGUGGUCGCGAUGGAGUCGAUCGAGAGUAUGCGCCAGCCGCGGCCCGCCUCGAUCGUCAAGGACCACGUGGACACCAACAAGCUGCUGGACCGCGAGCUCCCGGAGGCAUCCAGCGCCGAUGUUCGGAAGAAGGAGAAGAUGGCCAAGAACCAGGCCAAGCGCCGUCAGCAGCAGCAGCAACAGCAACAGUCGCGAAACUCUAAUUCUCAGAGGCGUUCCGACAAGCGCAGAGUUGACAUCAAUAAUGGAUCUGGUGGUUUCGACGUUUACAACAUCGAGACCGCGAUGCCAAAGAUCGACCUGGACGCGAUCGAGUCGCAUCUCAGAGCCGCGCGUGAGGAGGAACGUCGGCGACGAAACGAUCGCGAGGAGAUCAGGAGGAGACUCGCGAUGGGACCUGAUGCCGAGGAUUUGCGCGCCGAACGUGGACGUAAGCCGAGUCUCCAGUCGCGUCUCCAGAGUGGAAUGAACCUCCAGAUCUGCUUCAUGAAUGAAACAUCGUCGGACACCGAGUCCCCGGGUUCGGAGAAUGACAUGUCUCCCGGACCCACGCCCACGUCCCUCGGCUCAAAGCAACUUGGCGGUAAGCAGGCACCAACGAGGCCGCAGAUGUUGAGUCUUCCGUCUCUAAGACUCGACACGGGCGCGAACUCUACACCGCCGAUCGACGAGGCUGACUUCUUCGCGCGGCAAGCCAGACUGCAGACUGAAGCGCGAAUGGCCCUGGCACAGGCCAAGGAAAUGGCGCACAUGCAGAUGGAAGUAGAGAGGCAGAGGUUGAAGCAGAGCCCCAUCACCGAGAUGGUGCGAUGCAGCUUGGAAAAAGUCGGUGUACAGCUAGGAGAAGACAGACGCAGGUUGUCCCGUGUACUUCUCACGGAGUUGAACGUCGCACAGCUACAAGUGGUAGCGAACGACUUGCACGCGAGGAUCGCUGCAUUGAACGAGGCGCUCGUCGAAGGACUUCUGAGGAGAGACGAUUUGCAUAUGGAGCAAGAUUCGAUGCUCGUUGAUGUGGAAGAUCUCACUCGAUACUUAGGUGCCAAGCAGGAAUCGUUGAAGAAGAAACAGCAAGGAAUGCAGCAGGCGGCAAAUCGGAAUCAUCAGCAAUCCUCCUCAGCUCCGACCAAGUUGUCGAUGAAACCGAAAUUGACGCACUUGAAUCGCGGCCUGGUUGCCCUUGUAAGAAAAUAAUCCUUUGCCACGAGACUGCGCAGUCUCGUCGGAAAUUAAACUCCGAGCGGAGAGAAGCACCACGGGCUUUAGAGACGUGAAAAAGCGAAGAAGGAAGAAAUGAGGAGAAGCCUCCCUUAGAAGGAAGAGCUUCUUUUGAAAAGGAUGGCGAAGGGGAAGAGAUGAAGAAACUUUUUUCAACAGACGAGAACGAAAUUUUCAUUAGGGAAAGAAAAAUGAAGAAAACUUCUUCGAGAAAGAGAAUGAAAGAUAUCUUUAUCAAGAAAGGCGAUAUGGGAAUUUUUUUCUCGGAAGAAAAAAAUAUGUAAAAAGAUGAUUACGUUAGAGGCCGUGGUGUGCGUGCUCGAGAAACUCUGAAAAACGUUGUAACGAUCAGCUUUGAUAAACGGUGGAACGGUUGCCACCGUUCUACUGGUAAAGGGAGAGCAGCAAGUAUCUUUCCCCUGAAUUUCCAAGAGUUUUUACAGCUUUGUCGUUAACGUGGAAGUAGAAAUUUACGUAUGUGCGUACCCCGCGUAAACGAGAGCAGAGCAGAGCAACGAUCCUCCGUUUGUAUCCCACGUUGAGAUUCUCUUUCUAUCUCCUUCUCGUCUAUACUCGCUCUCGGCCCCUAAGCUCAGAUUAUGUCCCGCGACAUGCAUGCAUGUGUCUACGAAUGUGUAUCGAUUAUUCGCCUUUAAAUAAUAGCGUAUCAUUAGCGAGAACGGCUCCCUUCUCUGUUGUACAUAUAACGAAGAUUUAUAUCAGAUUAUCGCCGUAUUGAAAUUUCAUCUGGUGUUUAAAGAGCGCUUCGUUCCGGUCGUCCAAUGUAAGUCGUUCACGCGUGCGUUGAUGUGAUACAUUUCGUAAAGUUGUGUUUAAUUUAAUUAUGUGUAGAGUAAUUCGCCAACAAGAAAUUUCUGUAUCUUACAAGUCCAUCCGUAGAUUUGUAAAUUCAACGAUUCCAUAAAUAUUCGGAUGUGUAAUGUUCUUGCUUCGGUAGAUCUCUAGAUCCGCCAAUAGAAGCCGCCAGCCGAUUAAACAAAUCAUUCGCGUAUAAAUCCGUCGUUCCGCCCGGCUUGGCUGCACGAGAUAUCGGCGAGACGAUAAACUAGUUUUUAUCUAUCGCGAACGACGAAGAAAGUCAAUAUAUAACUUUCUUGAACGACACACUGAGCGCGCAAGGGAAAGUGCGAGGAUGGUGAACGUCAACGGAGACGAAGGGAGUGCAACGACCGUGGAGAACGAAAAACGCGUUACAUAUCCAAAUAGGUGAUUUAGUAUGCAAAAAGCGAUUAGUCCAUAUACAUAGAGCAAUUUAUGAAAACAUAAACAGAUAGAGAUACUUGAUGAAGCGUACCGUUCGCGGAAAUUUACUCGUAUGCAUUGACGACCUUCGAAAUCGAAAUUAUUCCAUCGAUAUGGAUUAUUCGGUUCUUGCAUCGUGUUAUCGUUUUUGCAUGCUGGUCUCACGAGAUCUCAUUCACACGCAGGAUUUUCAAUGUAGUUGAAAUAAAUUUUAACGAGUCUAAACUGCAGCUUCGUUCCUUAGAUCCUCGGCUCACUCUUUUAGUUAAAAUAAUAAUUAUUUAAUCGAAAUAGACCCAC